CUAGUUACCACGCCACGCCGGCACCGAGACGCCAAAUCCCGUGGGUCGUUUGCCGUCGCCGGGAUAUAUACGAUGGUCUCUCCGCCUUGCGAACCCGAGUCCCUGACGAAACCGGUCCACUGACGAGACCGCUGGCUGCAACAACCGUGCGUCGUCGUUGUUAUUUGAGUGCAUAGGACCGCUUCCACGAUAAACCAUGACUUACAAGUUGCAGUUCGUAGUUCUGAUUGCUAUUCUUGCAAUACACGUGGGUUGGGGAGACCCGUUGCCACCAAGACGAAUGCUAAUUUCGAAGGAGACCCGCUCGAAGGCGAAGGCAGACGUCCGCUCUGCUGUAUCGAAACCCCAUCACGAUGCUACGUCUGUCAGACAGGCAGUUCCCUCUCCUGCCGUUGAAGCAGAAAUUGUUAUCUGCAACUUGUGUCCAAUGCCCGAAGAGAUUCUCCCUUGCAAGUGCGUGUGCAACAACGGCACUUCGGCAGAACUCACCUGCGGGCCCGACCUGCUCACCUGCACCGAAUUAACGGACAUCCUCACCAUGGUCGCCUUCCCCGCGCCACAUUAUAUACGCCUGCGAGUGGACGGGACGCAACUGCAGUGCAAGAUCGAGGCCGAGUUGUGGGGGGCGGCUCUCACCUUCGAGGAAGUCCACCUGGUUAACAACCACUUCGAUAUGGUCGACAAUCACGCCUUUCUCCCUUUCCAGACCACCCUUAAGGUGCUCAACCUCCAGAAGAACGCCCUCCACUACGUCAACUUCCCGACCAUGAGCGACCAGCCGUUCCUGGAGACGGUGCUGCUCAGUGACAACGAGAUCGACUUCAUGCCCGGAUACUCGGCUAUGGAGCUGGCCGGUCUGCGCGAACUCAGGGUCGACAGAAAUAAGCUCUGCCGUCUCCAGCCCAAUACAUUUGCUGGUCUGCCCCGCCUGGAGUUGCUGGAUCUGUCCCUCAACGCGAUUCCCGAACUGAAGGAAGAAGCCCUGCGGAUCCCCGGACACGUGGCCUCGCACCUCUUCGUCAACCUCUCCUGCAACGCCAUCGCCGUCAUCGAAGAGAACGCCUUCUCCGGCGUGCAGAGCGUGUCGCUGGACCUCCGCCACAACGCCCUCAUGACGCUGUCGGAGGCCGUGCUGAGACCGCUGAUCGAGGAGACUCACGGCGCUCUCCACAUCGGCGUCAAUGGAAAUCCCCUGAAUUGUGACUCAAACCUCUGCUGGAUCGUGAAGAACCAGACCGUGGCGAGCUGCUUCGACAACUUCCUUUGCCCGAACCUGAACAAAUACCUGAAUGACAUCAAGGAGGAAGACGUAGGUGGCUGUCCACAUAGCCGGAAAUCAUCUGGAGUGAUCACCCAUCCCUCAUCGUAGCUUUGAACUCUUCUCUUUCUUUCUUUAUGAGUAUUUUUCUCUCUUUCUCUUUACAUACAAGUUUCCGUCUUUGUCUCUCUGUUUAGGAGUCUUUCACACUUCAUUUGAGUCUCUGUGAGUCUAUUUCAGCUGCUCUCGUUCUUUCUUUCCUUCUUUCUGAUUUCGAGAUCGAAAUGCAAUAGCUAAGUAGUCGUAAAACAACCAUUUGUAUACCAUAGUAUUGUAGGAUAAUCAUAUCAUAGAUCUGAAUGUUUGAUAAGGAUGUUUGUCCUGAUUCCGUUCCGCGAUAAGAACAUCCUCUCUCGAUAUGUUGCUCGAGGCAAUGUAGCUAUAUAGGAAAUCAUGCAAUGUAUCAUUAGUGUAAAUUCGUAAUAUAAUGUUAGACAGUAAGUUAUUUCACUUUUCAACAUUUUCUGAUUGUUUUAUCUAAAUAAAGUUGAAAAUCCAA